AUGGAGAAUAGCUAUUGGCUAUCGGACUACGUCUUGGGCAUCUUGAAGUCGCCCACAUGGCUUGUUCCGACGAUGGACUUCAUCGAUCAGAAAGCCAUUCUGUUUGAUGAGACCGAAGAGUCCACGCACGAACAAAUGCAGUGUCACCGAGACUUUCAGGAGCUGGUGACCAGUUUGUUUCUGGCGCAUUUGGCCGAGGUCUCCAUCAGCGAGGAGCAGUUCGAAGCUUUCAUGGAGGUGGGUCUCUCCAGUGGUGCUGUCCACCGGGCGCUGGCUGAGCAGCUGCUCAGCGUGGAUGACUUUCUGAGUUUCAAAGCCAUGAUGUGCAAACACAACGCAGAUCUCUGUCGCGAGGUGGUCACCGUCGAGGAAGCUGUUGAUCCCACCAGCCCGGCUCUAUCUGGCCUGGUCUCCGAUGUGGUGCGAAGCUCCUUGGAGUCGGGCUUGGACGAGUGGCAGCUCUACGAUGUGCAACGCUGGGAGGGAUCUGGCCGAAAGAGCUCUGAGGAAGCGGAGGAAGCGCGGCGGAAACGGGAAGAGGCGGAGUUACAACAGGCGAUCGCCUUGUCUCUGAGCAUCGAAGAGGAGAGGUUGCGGCAACUGGCACAAGAGGAGGCCCCGGCAGCUCUACCCGAAAGCGCCGGCUUCAUCUCAGCUCCCAUCUGCCAUUUGCUGCCAAAGCCCUUUCCCGAGUCAGCUCCUGCCACAACCUUGGCUCCACCACGCUUGGUGCAGGUGGAACCCAUGAAAAUCGCCAAGAAACCCUGGGGUUUCACUUCUGCCCCAUUGAUGUUGCGACCUCACCAUGCCCCACCAGCACCACCUCCACCACCGCCGGAGCCGGAGCCAGCGGCGCAAGCGGCGCCGGUGCCACGCUUGCCGGGGCGCGCGGGGUUCCUGUCGUCGCCGCUGUGCAUCGUGCCACCAAAGCCACGGGUCUUGGUGCAACCGAGUGAGUCGGCACCACCGCCUCCACCGGAAGAUAGUGACGGGGACUGCGAUUCGCCCAAAUCUCCGGGAUCACCUUUGUCGCCAGGCACCCUGGCUCCGUUGAACCACUACCGCAGCAACCUGCGUCUCUGGAAGCAUCGCGCCUCGUUAGCCGUGGAGCCGGUCCCCGAAGCCGUGAAGGAAGCGAGGCGUUCGCGGAUCAUGUCGGAUGAGAGGCUGAGAGCGGACUCCGCCACUUCGGACAUCUCUCCAGAGGAUCGCUUGAGGCGUCAAGAGCACUUGCGGCGACAGCGAGAUUUGUUGCUGGGAAAGCGCAUGAAGGAGCGAGAGGAGCAGCUCCAGGACUUCGCACGCCGCGGCGGAUCGCGGGAGGACCAGGCCGCCGCGGCUCGCCGCUUGGUGGCCGAGCUCAGUGGCGCCCCGCCGGCCACGGCGUCGCAGCUCACGCCUGAGGUUGCCACUCAGAUGCGACAAGCCCUCACCCGGCAGUUGCUACAGAGUUUGGCAUCGUCCAUGCACAGUGAUGCCGCCACCCUGGAGGAUCAGCUGAAUCAGUUGGAACACAUGCGAUGGACAUAG